CGUUGGUGGGUUUGUAUUUUGCUCAUAACAGGGUUAAAAUGCAGGAGGUUUCUUGAAUGAGAAUGAGCUGAACAAGGAGGACUCAGAAGCUGAUCAUCGCUGCCAAGUCUGUAGAUCAGCUACAACAAACUUUAUGAUGGUGCUUUGAGGUAAAAGUCAAAUGAUCGGAGUAGCUUUCUUGGCAAAUAUAUCUGUUCUUGACAUUUCAAAGGAGGGAGAAAACCAUGGAGGGACAAGCAAAGGGGACCCAACUAAAGACAAAGACAAAAACUUUGGAUUUGAACAAAACAUGACCAGGUGUUAUGAUUAAUGCUCAUUCAACAUUACUAUUACCCAUCACUCUCUCUCUAUCUCUGAGGAAAACUAACCAUCACCAAACUAGUCUACUUUUAAUUGGUUUCUUCUGCAUCUUUCUCUGCUUCUUGAACAUAAUUCUUCCUUCAUGGACAAGCAUCACAACCAUCUUCUGCUACAGCAUCAUCAACAUCUCCACCACCACCAGAAGCUCUCUCUUGCUAAAUCUUCUAGGCAAAGCUGUAGUGAAUGGAUCUUUCGAGACGUCCCAAGUGAUAUAACCAUAGAAGUAAACGGAGGAAACUUUGCUCUUCACAAGUUCCCUUUAGUCUCUAGAAGUGGAAGAAUCCGUAGAAUCGUCGCAGAACACAGAGACUCAGACAUCUCCAAAGUGGAGCUCCUCAACCUCCCAGGAGGAGCAGAGACAUUCGAGCUAGCAGCCAAGUUCUGCUACGGGAUCAACUUCGAGAUCACCUCAUCAAACGUCGCGCAGCUCCUCUGCGUCUCUGACUACCUCGAGAUGACAGAAGAGUACUCCAAAGAUAACUUGGCUUCGAGAACAGAGGAGUAUCUCGACAGCAUUGUCUGCAAGAGCCUCGAGAUGUGCGUCCAAGUCUUGAAACAGUCAGAGAAUCUCCUCCCUCUCGCGGACGAGCUCAAUAUCGUAACCAGAUGCAUCGACGCCAUCGCCUCGAAGGCCUGCGCCGAGCAGAUCGCCUCGAGCUUCUCGCGGUUGGAGUAUAGCAGCUCCGGGAGGCUUCACAUGAGCAAGCAAGCUAAAGGUAACGAUGGAGGAGGUGGAGACUGGUGGAUUGAGGAUCUUUCUGUUCUUAGGAUUGAUUUGUAUCAGAGAGUGAUGAACGCUAUGAAGUGCCGCGGCGUGCGUCCUGAGAGUAUAGGAGCUUCCUUGUUGAGUUACGCAGAGAGACAGCUGACAAAGACAGGACAUCAAGAACACGAACAAGCCGUUGUUGAGACAAUCGUUGCUCUUCUCCCAGUUGAGAAACUCGUUGUUCCUAUAAGUUUCCUCUUCGGGUUGCUUAGAAGAGCGGUGAUGCUUGAUGCUUCGGUGUCAUGCAGGCUUGAUCUAGAGAGGAGGAUCGGUUCUCAGCUUGACAUGGCGACGUUAGAUGAUCUCUUGAUCCCUUCUUUUCGUCACGCGGGAGAUACUUUGUUCGAGAUUGAUACGGUUUAUAGAAUCUUGGUGAACUUCUCGCAGCAAGGAGGUGAUGAUAGUGAGGAUGAAGAGUCAGUCUUUGAAUGUGGUGAUGAUAGUAGUCCGCAUACGCCUUCUCAAAGCGCAAUGUUUAAAGUUGCAAAGCUUGUAGAUAGUUACCUCGCUGAAAUUGCUCCUGAUGCUAACCUUGACCUUCCCAAAUUCUUGCUCAUUGCGGAAGCUUUACCGCUUCAUCCUCGCACUCUUCAUGAUGGGUUGUACCGUGCCACUGAUCUCUAUCUUAAGGCACAUCAAGGGUUGUCAGAUUCAGACAAGAAGAAGCUGUCAAAACUUAUAGACUUCCAGAAACUCUCACAAGAGGCAGGAGCACACGCUGCGCAGAACGAGCGGCUUCCUCUGCAAUCAAUAGUUCAGGUUCUCUACUUUGAGCAGCUUAAGCUCAGAAGCUCCUUGUGCACUUCUUACUCAGACGAAGAGACAAAGCCUAAGCAGCAGCAGCAGCAGCAUCAGUCAUGGAGAAUCAACAGCGGAGCUCUCAGCGCAGCAAUGUCCCCGAAAGACAACUACGCGUCUCUGAGGAGAGAAAACAGGGAGCUGAAGCUCGAGUUAGCUAGGCUGAGGAUGAGGCUCAACGAUCUGGAGAAGGAGCAUAUCUGCAUGAAGAGAGAUAUGCAGAGGUCUCACUCGCGCAAGUUCAUGAGCAGUUUCUCGAAGAAGAUGGGGAAGCUUAGCUUCUUUGGGGGGAAUCAUAGCUCAUCAAGAGGAUCAAGCUCUCCAUCGAAGCAGUCUUUCAGAACUGAUUCAAAGGUGAUGGAGAGAACAUGCGCAAGCAUGGAUUAGCAAGCUCUGUCAUUUUCUUUCUUAUAAUCUCUUUACCUGUUGCUGCUACUUGUUGAGUGCCAAGACUAGGCUGUGAGUGAGUGAGUGAAUGAUAUUAUUCUCAGUUACUCUGAGUUUCAAUCUUUUGUAAAUGGAUUUGAUUUUGAUUAAAGACACAAACAAAAGGUCUCUUAAGAGAGAAUAUAAUAUCUGAAGUCUUACAAAGACAAGGCAGAGAGAUAAAGAGUGUAAACCCACGUAGACAAACACUCAACGACCCACAAAGAUCGAGUCCUCAAGAGGAAGGAGUCUUGGUGUAAGAGCGGAUACCGAGAGCCAAGCC